GGUGUUAACUUUGCUGUUAUGGACCCAAAUGUCCCCGAGGACCUGCAACCGUCUGCCUUCCCCUCUAUUCGGGAUUUCGUUGAAGCACUGGCCAAACUCAAGUCGGAUGCCGCCUUAAAGAACCUGGCCCCAGAGUCCGCGCCUAGCGGCUCACCUUCUUCCAAUUUGCAGAAAGCUGACCUUGUCAUCUCCGCGGAUACUAUUGUCUUUUUCGAGGGUCAUGUCUUGGGGAAGCCGGUGGACCGAGAGGAUGCCGUGAAAAUUCUUUCUAGGUACGGACACCCUAGCAGACUAUCCGGUAAACCACAUGAGGUCUACACUGGCGUCUCACUGGUGUGGCUGGACAAGAAGGGAGGUGGGAUCCUGCAGCAGGAUCUCUUUUCAGAAUGCACCAAGGUUUACAUGAGUGAAAUGGAUGAAAGUACUAUCCGGGCCUACGUCGAUACGGGGGAGCCUCUGUAA